CUGGCGCCCCCUCCCCGGCCCUGGAUUCCACUUCCUCUCCGCUCGCGCUGCAGCCGCAGCCAUCUCCAGGCCCUGCGCCGCCUCCGGAGUCCAUGGCCGGGACGCGCUGGGUGCUCGGGGCGCUGCUCCGGGGUUGUGGCUGCAACUGCAGCAGCUGCCGGCGCACCGGCGCCGCCUGCCUGCCCUUCUAUUCGGCCGCCGGCUCCUUCCCCUCGGGCGUCUCGGGACGUCGGACGCUCUCUCAGGAGUCUAAAACUACCUACCUGGAAGACCUUCCACCUCUGCCUGAGUAUGAAGUGGCUCCAGCUAAACUAGGAGAAGUGGAUGACGUUUAUCUCAUUCGAGCUCAAGGAUUACCUUGGUCCUGCACUGUAGAAGAUGUGCUCAACUUUUUCUCAGACUGCAGAAUCCGCAAUGGUGAGAAUGGAAUACACUUCCUCUUAAAUAGAGAUGGAAAACGAAGGGGUGAUGCCUUAAUUGAAAUGGAGUCGGACCAGGAUGUACAAAAGGCCUUAGAAAAGCACCGGAUGUACAUGGGGCAGCGGUAUGUGGAAGUAUAUGAGAUAAACAAUGAAGAUGUGGAUGCCUUAAUGAAAAGCCUGCAGGUCAAAUCUUCACCUGUGGUGAAUGAUGGUGUGGUCCGUUUGCGAGGACUUCCUUACAGUUGCAAUGAAAAAGACAUCGUAGACUUCUUUGCAGGGCUGAAUAUAGUAGAUAUUACUUUUGUUAUGGACUAUAGAGGGAGAAGAAAAACAGGAGAAGCCUAUGUUCAGUUUGAAGAACCAGAAAUGGCCAAUCAAGCCCUUUUGAAACACAGGGAAGAAAUUGGUAAUCGCUACAUAGAGAUAUUUCCAAGCAGAAGAAAUGAAGUUCGAACACAUGUUGGUUCUCAUAAAGGAAAGAAAAUGUUAUCAUCUCCUACUGCUAAAUAUAUAACUGAACCAGAAAUGGUUUUUGAAGAACAUGAAGUAAAUGAAGAUAUUAGGCCCACAACAGCUUUUGAAAGUGAAAAGGAAAUAGAAUUGCCUAAGGAGGUAUCAGAAAAGCUACCAGAGACUGUUGAUUUUGGAACUACAUCUUCACUACAUUUUGUUCACAUGAGAGGAUUGCCUUUCCAAGCCAAUGCUCAAGACAUUAUAAAUUUUUUUGCUCCACUGAAGCCUGUUAGAAUCACCAUGGAAUACAGCUCCAGUGGGAAGGCCACUGGAGAAGCUGAUGUGCACUUCGACACCCAUGAGGAUGCUGUUGCAGCUAUGCUCAAGGAUCGAUCCCAUGUUCACCAUAGGUAUAUUGAAUUGUUCCUGAAUUCAUGUCCAAAAGGAAAAUAAGACUUCCAGGGACUCCAGAUAAUAAGGAUGAAGCAAGAAGCAUUUCAUUUGCACAUCUUUCUUGGACAUGGGAUAUAAAGUUCCAGAUUUUUAGCAGCAAUUGCUAGAGGAAGAAUUUUGGGGUUUUGGUUAUUGCUUCAAAGAAAAAUUCCAUAGUGGACUGUUUAGAAAGAAAAAGGAAGGUUUGAGUUUGGGAUUAUGAAAUAAGCCACAAAUUUAAAUUUUUGUUUAAAUUAUCCCAGAUCUGAUUAAAAAACCUGGUCUUUAUUUUUUUAUGAUUAAAUUUGUUUUCAUAGAGGAUAUGUUACCCAAUUGAAGACUACAUAUUUUCAUUUAGUGCUGUCCUUAAAGUCUUUUUUUCAUUUAAAAAUUUAUCUGUAUGAGGUUUUGUUUUUUGCUUAUGAAUUGAGAACUCUAAUGUGAAACUUAAUGGAGUAAAAUACUGACUUAUUUUAACCAAAUACUCACCAAAGCAAUGAAAGCUUUCAGACCUUUGAACCAGUAUGGUUUGGCAGAAUAGUUUUAAUUUUAGGUGUAUUUGAUUAUUUAGAAAGGGGUAAAAAGAUUUAAAAAAUACCAAGUAGUAGGUAAAUGGCAACAGUUUGGCAGUUUUAUGUCUUCAGAAAUGUUUGCCUUUCUAAGACUUUUUCUAAAGGUAUUUAACAUUCGUGCCUGUAUACCUAUGGAGGGAAUUCUAAUCUCAACUUAAAAGUUGUUUGCCCUCCCCUUUUUGGUAAUUUGUGUUUGGGUAAACCAUAGGGUUUUUGUUAGUUUCAAGACUGUGAAGUGAUAUGUCAAAACAGCCCUAAGUGGGAAGGACAUUAAUGGCUUCACUUGAAUUUAAACCAGCUCUAGAUAGGAAAAAAAUGUCUCCUCAUUUGCUUUUUCAGUGGGGUGGGUAGCACAUCCCAUAUUUUAGAACAAGUAGGGGUGCCUUGCUUAAAUAAAAAUAGCAUUUAAUGUAUAAUUGUGUGAAGGGUUUAUGGAAAAAGCUGUACUAAUGUCACAUUGUGGCAGUAACUUCUGCUUUAAAAUUAAACAGCUUGUUAUUUAAAUAUUGGAUCAAAAUGGCUGGCUUAAAAAUGUAGUCGUUAAUAAACUAACUUUAUGUGCACCUGUGUAGGAGAAUCCAAGUCCUGUAUACUUCCUUUGCCUUGUUCCUGUUCUCAGGGUGACGACUGCCUUGUAGUUACCAGGAGAUGCAAUUCUAGUUCUUAAAUUGAAUUAACCCGUAUUUCUGAGGUGAUAUAUAGGAGAGAUUGACUUCUCUCACUGAAUACAUAUCCAUCUUUGAUUACCAGCUAAAAUAUGAAAUCACUGUACUGUACGUAGUCAAUAAAUGAAGGCUUGUUUCAGGCUGAAGAUUA